CGACCCACCACCACCCAUCACUCUAACCACCUGACCUACGCCAAAAUCGGCACUGCUCACGCCGGACGAAAACGAUAUCCUAGAGACCGCGAUUCCGAAGCAAUCCAUUCACCUGAGCCAGAGGCGCAGCACUUCCACGGACGGACAGACAGACAAAGCUCACGCUCUUUAUCUAAAGGCAACAAUGGCGCAUUACAACCGCCCAACAUCCUCCAUGUCCGCGUCCGGUGGUGGGACGGGAUCCCACAACAUAUUCGCCGCCAGCGGAGGAGGGACAACGAGGGAAAAGACAUACUUUGAGCAGCAGCGGGAGGCUUUGAUUGGGGACAUUGCUAUGAGCUUCGAGCACGUCCUCGCCAACAUCAACAAGCUGAACCGAUCUCUCGAGGCUGUCAUUGCCGUUGGCAACGAAUUCUCCUCGGUCGAAGCCCUCUGGUCGCAGUUUGAAAACGUCAUGGCCAAAGAGCCCGAGGAUGCUGCGGGGAGCUCGCCGCAGAACCCACAACAGAUCAAAGCCGAGGACGCGGAACAACACGACGAUGACGACGAUGAACAUGCACAUGAGGCCGACGGCCGCCGGGGUCGCGGACGCAGCGGGAGUCGGCAUGGAGAGUGAAAUACUUUCAAGUAAACACAUGAGACUGGCUGACCGACCUACGAAAACGAAGUCGCUAUAACUACAGGCUGAGGCGGAUCAUGGACACUAGCUGUUGCAACCAGGAGUUCAGAUCGAAAUU